CUCCAGAAAAUUUUCGGCCAAUUCUCCCCGCGCGAACCCCCAUGCCUAGAGGCUGGGCGUCAGUGUGGCCGCAUCCGCCGCGCGCGACGCCCGUCCCGACCCUUCGUGUAUUCCCGCCUUAAUUACUGCAAACAAUGGUUACACGUCAGUAGUUUUUGCACGACACGACACACGGAUUGGUCUUGAGUUAACCAGCCAGUGAUGUGAUGACGCAGGCCCGUGAGCCCCUCGGCAUCAUGGACGGCAACCCCAACGUCGACUUCUCCACAAAAACCAAGCGCGGAGUCUACCUCUCCAAGAGCCUCGCUUUCGUCAUACUGAUCAUCUUCGCUUUAGCCCUAGUCGCUACUUCCUUCAUAGUCUACAACUUCGCCGCUUGCCCCAGAACCGACCAACUCGCCAAUGUCACCAAAUACGAACUUAACCACUGCGACACGUCCAAACAACUACUAGUAAUUCCAUUAACAACUGAAAAUACUAAAACUGUCAUACCUUUAGAAACCACACCAGCACCUGAGGUUUUUGAAGAAGAUGAAACCACUGUUCAAGAUGUAAGAUUACCUACUUAUGUGAAACCUGAGAAAUAUUUCCUAAAGCUAACUCCUUAUAUUUAUGAAGGCAAUUUCACAUUUGACGGAUUUGCUAGUAUAACUUUGAACGUUAAGAACAAUACGCGGAUUUUGACAUUUCAUGGAGUGGAAUUAACUUUCCAUGAUAUUGUUUUGUAUCAGAAAGAUACCAGGAGGCGAAUAAAGAUUGACCAAAGGACAGAAGAUGUACCGCGGCAGUUCCAUAUAUUGAAAUUAUAUGAUACGUUGUAUGUAGGAAAACAAUAUGUGUUGAAUAUAACAUAUACAGGGAUACUGAACGAUAAUCUUCACGGAUUUUAUAGAAGUUCUUAUGAAGAGAAAAAUGUUAAAAGAUGGAUAGCCGUAACGCAGUUCCAAGCGACGGACGCCCGCCGUGCGUUCCCGUGCUGGGACGAGCCGGCCCUUAAGGCCCGCUUCACCAUUAGCAUCGCUCGGCCACGUAACAUGACUUCUGUGUCCAACAUGAACAGCGUUGGUUCGCAGCCACAGAUGGAUAUAACGGAGUUUGCAGAGGUCGCCCGCCGCGCGUUCCCGUGCUGGGACGAGCCGGCACUCAAGGCCCGCUUCACCAUCAGCAUUGCCCGGCUACAUAACAUGACAUCUGUGUCCAUUAUGAACAGCGUUGAUGAAUAUAACACAGUGACGGACGCCCGCCGUGAGUUCCCGUGCUGGGACGAGCCGGCACUCAAGGCCCGCUUCACCAUUAGCAUCGCUCGGCCACGUAACAUGACUUCUGUGUCCAACAUGAACAGCAUGGAUAUGAUCCAGUUCGAAGCGACGGACGCCCGCCGUACGUUCCCAUGCUGGGACGAGCCGGCCCUUAAGGCCCGCUUCACCAUUAGCAUCGCUCGGCCAAGGGACAUGACAUCUGUGUCCAACAUGAACAGUGUCGGCUUGCAGCCACACGAAUCCCUCAAGGAUUACAUCUGGGACCAUUACGCCGAAUCCCUCCCCAUGUCAACAUACCUCGUCGCGUUCGCUGUCACCGACUUCGGCAAGAAAAGUGACAGCAACUUCACCGUCUGGGCCCGGAAAGAGGCGCUCCAAUCUGCCUCUUAUGCCCUGGAGAUUGGACCGAAAAUCCUGCGAUACUUGGAGGAUUAUUAUAAGAUUAAGUUCCCGCUGCCCAAGAUUGAUAUGAUUGCGUUGCCGGAUUUCAAGGCCGGUGCUAUGGAGAAUUGGGGGCUUUUGACGUUCAGAGAAAUCGCCAUGCUCUACGACAGCAGCAACUCGCCGACGACAGCGAAGGCGCGCGUCGCCGCAGUAGUUGCUCACGAGAUCGCCCACCAGUGGUUCGGGAACCUGGUGACGCCGGCGUGGUGGUCCGACAUCUGGCUGAAUGAGGGCUUCGCGUCUUACGUGGAAUAUGUGGCUGUAGAUGCUGUUGAAAAGACUUGGAAGUUGAUGGAAGUGUUCGUCUUAAACGAAGUACAGAGCGUAUUUAAGCUCGACGCUCUGACUUCCUCCCACCAGAUCUCCGUGGAGGUUGGCAACCCUGAGGAAAUCGGCGCUAUUUUUGACAAGAUCUCAUACGGAAAAGGCUCCGCCAUUCUCCGCAUGAUGAACCACUUCCUAACCGACGACGCCUUCAACGCCGGCAUAACCGAUUACCUAAACGCCAAAAUGUACGGCGACGCCGAACAGAGGGACCUGUGGAGCGCCCUCACCGCCGCCGCUAGGAGGAAAGACGCCUUCGACGCCGACGUGGCCGUGGUCAUGGAUUCGUGGACGCUGCAGACUGGCUUUCCAGUGCUCACCAUUACUAGGGAUUAUAAAAGUGGCUUUGUUUCUUUUAAACAGGAGCGCUUUGUCCUGAUCAACAACGGCGAAAGCAAAGAGUCUCCAGUAUGGUGGAUCCCGAUAUCGUAUACAACGGCUACAGAGUCCGACUUCGAGUCCACGAGGCCGAAGGUCUGGCUGCGCGGGGAGAGAUCAAAAGUCGUCAGGAAUAUAUCUAUCGCUAAGGACGACUGGCUGAUUGCUAAUAUUCAACAGACAGGUUUCUACCGCAUCAACUACGACCAACGCAACUGGCAGAUGUUGAUCAAGAUCCUCAACGAUCCAAAACGCUUCCAAGAGAUCCACCCCAUCAACAGGGCUCAGAUAGUCGAUGACGCCAUGAAUCUAGCUCUAGCUGGAAGGCUAGACUACAAAACGGCCUUAGACAUCAUCAGUUAUCUCGUCCACGAGAGAAGUUAUGUACCUUGGAAAGCGGGAUUGGUGGCCCUAGGUUACAUCGACACCAUGCUGUCUAAAGGAGCAUAUUAUCUGGAGUACAAGCGUUACGUGCUUAAACUUCUGGACGGAGCAGUCAAAGACAUAGGCUGGGACGUGGCGGCCAACGAAAGCGUGGUUCGGGCGCAGCAGCGGGUGGAUCUGCUGUCCACGGCUUGUCACCUGGAGCACGACGAGUGUUUGAGAACUGCUGUUGUCAAGUACACGAAUUGGAUGCUCACGCCGAAUGCUGAUGCUUUGAACGACAUCCACGCAGACAUCCGCAGCACGGUCUACUGCGUGGGUGUACAAACCGGCAACGCCCGGGAGUGGGACUUCGCGUGGGACCGCUUUAGAGCCGCCAGCGCGCCUUCUGAACGGGAGUUACUUCUAUCAGUACUGGGUUGCACGAGAGCUCCUUAUCUGUUGUACAGAUAUCUGGAGCUGUCUCUUCGCAACGACAGCGGCAUCCGUAAGCAGGACACUCUGCGCGUCUUCUCCGCAGUAGCCAGUUCUGCCAUCGGCCAGCCCAUAGCCUUCAACUUCGUUCGCGCCAACUGGCAGAGGCUGAAGGAGUUUGUCGGCUCCGCCGCAACACUCGCUUCCAUCGUGAAGGUAGUGACGAGGCGAUUGAACCAACCACAUGAAUACGAAGAGCUUAAAAGAUUCGUAGCAGAAUACUGCGCUGAGCUCGGCCGUCCAGUGCAGCAAGUCUUAGAGCGAACAGAGGCCAACGUUCAGUGGAUGCAGAGGAACUACCAGCCCAUCGUUGAUUGGCUGUUAGCCGCAGACAAAGGGAAUACUAAAAUGGCGGCUAUGAAACUUCUAGUCCUCGCCGUGGCGUGUUGCUGCGCCUACGCCAUUCCACAAAAACAAUUAAAGCUGAAAACAACGAUCUUCGGAGAUGAAAAAUUAGAAGGAGAAAUCUUUGAAAAAUAUAAUGUAGCAGUUGCCUUGAACGAUGAAGAAGCGGCUUUGUACAGACUGCCCACCACCACUAGACCUACUCAUUAUAACAUCCUUUGGGCCUUGGACUUCACCACUAACCCACAAACCUUCGCUGGAACAGUUGAAAUUCUCUUAUACGCCACCCAAACCGAAGUCAACCAAAUCGUUUUACAAUCUGAGGAUUUAACUAUCGGCACUGUAGCACUAGCUCAAGGCAAUACUACAGUCCCUAUUACGUACGUCGAAGAAUCUGACUACCAGUUCUUAAGGAUCAACCUCACCACUGGAACUCUUGCCUAUAAUGCCACAGAUUCUGUCAUUUACACUUUGACCAUCACUUUUGAGGCUUAUAUGCGUGAUGAUAUGUAUGGUAUUUACAGGAGUUGGUUUAGGAAUAACUACACCGAUGAAGUCAGCUGGAUGGCGAGCACCCAGUUCCAGGCCACGUCGGCCCGCAAGGCUUUCCCUUGCUACGACGAGCCCAGCUUCAAAGCUACUUUCAAUGUCACCAUCAGACGUCCGACCGCGUACAGCAGCUGGUCGGCUACUCGUAUCGCUUCAACCAUAGAAUCUACCAAUAUUACUGGCUACCAGGAUGACAUUUAUCACAGAACUCCUCUCAUGUCAACUUACCUCUUGGCUAUUAUUGUUGCUGAAUAUGGCACUUUAGAGGUUACUAAUGACAAUAACGAACUCAUCUAUGAAGUCAUUGCCCGUCCCGGUGCUAUUUCCGCCGGCCAGGGACAGUACGCUUUGGAAGUGGGUCAGGAGCUUUUGGCUGAGAUGAAUAACCACACUGACUACGACUUCUACAGUGUGGCUGAUCAUAUUAAGAUGACCCAGGCUGCGAUUCCUGACUUCUCCGCUGGUGCUAUGGAGAACUGGGGUUUGCUAACAUAUAGGGAAGCCUAUCUCAUGUACGACUCCGCUCACACCACCAGCAACUAUAAGCAGCUAAUCGCUUACAUCUUGUCUCACGAGAUUGCUCACAUGUGGUUCGGAAACUUGGUCACUUGCGACUGGUGGGAUGAUUUGUGGCUAAACGAAGGUUUUGCCAGAUACUACCAAUAUUUCCUUACUCACUGGGUCGAGGAUUACAUGGGUUUUGAGACCAGGUUCAUAACCGAGCAAGUCCACACCGCUUUGCUCAGCGACUCCACUGCCAACGCUCACCCGUUGUCCACAUCUGGUAUUGGAAGCCCGGCGUCCGUCAGCGGCAUGUUCUCAACUCUGUCAUAUAACAAGGGAGCUGCAGUCAUCAGGAUGACUGAACAUCUACUUGGCUCUGAGGUUCAUAGAGCCGGCUUGAGGAAUUACUUGACGAAUAAGCAAUUCGAGACUGCUUUCCCAAUUGAUCUGUUCACUGCUUUGGAAGAGGCUGGCCAAGCCGCUGGUGCUCUUAGCGAGUACGGUCCCGACUUCUCUCUAGUUGAAUAUUACCGCUCUUUCACCUACCAAGCCGGACACCCUAUACUUUACGUGCAAGUUAACCACCAAACUGGCGAUAUGACCAUUCAACAGCGCCGAUUCGAUAUCAACAACGGCUACCUAGACGUUAACACGCAAUGGGUCAUCCCAAUCAGUUUCUCCAGCGCCAGCAAUCCUGACUUCAACAACACCAAACCGACACACAUUCUCCGCAAGGCUGUCACUGUCAUCAACCGCGGCUCCGUCGGCGACGAGUGGGUUUUGUUCAACAGACAACAGACGGGUUAUUACCGCGUGAACUAUGAUGACUACACUUGGGAUCUCAUUACUGCUGCCCUAAGAGGAGAGGCGAGGACCCAGAUUCAUGAAUACAACAGGGCGCAGAUCGUCAACGAUGUCUUCCAAUACGCACGCUCUGGCAUCAUGAGCUACACCAGGGCUCUUAACAUCCUCUCCUUCUUAGAGUUUGAGACCGACUACGCUCCUUGGGUGGCCGCCAUGACAGGCUUCACCUGGCUCAGGAACAGGCUGACUGGCACCAUCUACUUGGAACCUCUUGAGGCUUUGAUCGCUCAAUGGUCUACCGCCGUCAUGACCGAUCUGACCUACUACCCGAGUUCAGACUCCGAAGACUUCAUGAGAUCCUACCUUCGUUGGCAACUGGCCCCCAUUAUGUGCCAGAUCAACAUUGAUCCCGCUUGCCGUACCGCUGCUGUCAAUCAGUUCAACGCUUUAAAGACCUCAAAUGUUGAUGUUUACCCCGAUAAUCGCGCAUACGUGUACUGCAACGCUCUUCGCGAAGGUACUGAGGAGGACUUCUACGUUCUGCGCACGCGCUUUGUCACGCACAACGUUUACACUGAGAAGAUCCUCCUACUUCAAACUCUUGGCUGUGCUCGAUCCGCUGAUGCUCUCAACGUGUUCCUGACCGACAUCUUCACCGAUAACCAACUAAUCCGUCCUCAGGACUACACCACCGCUUUAAACUCCGCCGUUGCCGGCAAUGAAGAAAACACACAGAUUGUCUUCAACUUUAUUCAAAACAACUACACGUUAGUCCUCGAGGCGUUCCCCAAUAUUGCUACUCCGUUGUCUUACGUAUCCAGUAGGCUGAGAACUGAAACUGAAGUUGACGCGUUCCAACAAUGGGCGACCGAAAACCAGGCUCUCCUGGGCACAUCGUACCAGAUCGUCAUGAACGGUGCGGAAUCCGCCAGGCAAUCCAUCCAAUGGACCGCCGGCAUUGUCAACGAUGUCAACAACUUCCUCACCUCUGGCUACCAGCCUGUGAGCACCACCACCGAGCAGCCGUCCACGGAAGCUCCCCCACCGGACCUUGAGCCUAGGCCUGAGCUCAUCCAGCCUGAAACACCAGAGCUCCCUGACUCAGCCGUCACUUCAGUCUUAUCCAUGACCGUGCUUGCCAUGGCUGCCGUAUUCCAUUAUGUUUUGGUGGCCAUGAAGCUCCUAAUCCUUCUUGUGGCAUGUUAUUGCGCCAACGGAUUUCCGCAAGAACCUCCGAAGUCAAGAAACACAAUCUUUGGAGACGAGCAACUACAAGGAGAAAUAUUUGAAAAUUAUGGUGUAGUCGCAUUUGACGACGAAGCAGCGGCGGCAUACAGACUUCCCACCACCACUAGUCCUACCCAUUAUAAUCUUCUUUGGAUCAUGGACUUCGCGUCUGAUCCACAAUCUUUCAGCGGCAUAGUUGACAUUCAAUUACAGGCAACUGAAGCUGGAGUUAACCAGAUCGUUAUCCACUCUGAUGACCUGGACAUCGGUACUGUAACUUUAGUACAAGGCACUACGUCCGUUCCUGUUACGUUUGAGGAGGAACCUGCCUUCCAUUUCCUUAGGAUCAAUCUCAGCACCGGUACUCUUGCUUAUGAUGCAACAAAUCCUAUCACUUACACUUUGACCAUCACUUUUACGGCUCAGAUGCGUGAAGAUAUGACCGGUAUUUACAAGAGUUGGUUUAGAAACAACUAUACCGAUGAAGUUAGCUGGAUGGCAAGUACACAUUUCCAAGCGACGGCAGCUCGCAGAGCAUUCCCUUGUUACGAUGAGCCCAACUUGAAGGCUACAUUCGAUAUUACUAUUCGACGACCGACCACGUACGGUAGCUGGUCGUUAAUGCGUCGUGCUUCAACCGCUGAUGUCACUGGGACUCCUGGCUACCAAGAUGACAUCUACCACAGAACACCUAUGAUGUCUACUUAUCUUUUGGCCAUGAUUGUCGCCGAAUAUGACAGCCUAACUGUUACCAAUGACAACAACGAACUCAUCUAUGAAGUUAUUGCUCGUCCAAAUGCUCUUUCCGCUGACCAGGGACAGUACGCUUUAGAAGUGGGUCAGGAGUUGUUGGCUGAGAUGAAUAAUCACACUAACUAUAACUUCUACACAAUGAAUGAAAAUAUGAAGAUGACCCAGGCUGCGAUCCCUGACUUCUCCGCUGGUGCUAUGGAGAACUGGGGGCUCCUUGUUUACAGGGAGGCCUAUCUUAUGUACGAUCCUGCCCACACCACCAGCAAUUACAAGCAGCUAAUAGCCUACAUAUUAUCUCAUGAAAUCGCUCACAUGUGGUUCGGUAAUUUGGUCACUUGCAACUGGUGGGGUGAUUUUUGGCUGAAUGAGGGUUUUGCCAGAUACUACCAAUAUUUUCUUACUGACUGGGUCGAAGAUUACAUGGGUUUUGAAACCAGAUUUAUAACAGAGCAAGUCCACACCGCUUUGCUCAGCGACUCUGUGGCCAGCGCUCAUCGUUUGUCCGAAACUGGCAUCGGCGACCCGGUGCAGAUCAGAACCAUGUUCUCAACUCUAUCGUACAACAAGGGUGCCGCAGUUAUCAGGAUGACUGAGCAUCUUCUUGGUCAUGAUGUUCAUAGAGCAGGUUUGAGGAAUUACCUGAUAAAUAGGCAAUUUAACACGGCUGUCCCGAUGGACCUCUUCACUGCUUUGGAAGAGGCUGCCCUAGCCGCUGGUGCUCUUGCAGAGUACGGACCCGACUUUUCUUUGGUUGAAUAUUACCGUUCCUUUACCUACCAAGCCGGACACCCAAUACUUUACGUGCAGGUCGACCAUCAGACUGGCGAUAUGACUAUUCAUCAGCGCCGAUUCAACAUCAACACCGGCUAUUCCGACAUUAACUCACAGUGGAUCAUCCCGAUCACUUUCUCCAGUGCUAGCAAUCCUGACUUCAGCAACACCAAACCCACGCACAUUAUACGUAAGGCGGUCACUGUCAUCAACCGCGGUUCCGUCGAUGACGAGUGGGUGCUAUUUAAUAGACAACAGACUGGUUUCUACCGAGUAAAUUAUGAUGACUACACUUGGGAUCUUAUUACUAUUGCCCUAAGAGAAGAGGCUAGAACCCAAAUUCACCAAUACAACAAGGCUCAGAUCGUCAACGAUGUCUUCCAAUACGCACGGUCUGGCAUUAUGAGCUACAACAAAGCUUUGAACAUCCUCUCCUUCUUGGAGUUCGAGACCGACUACGCCCCUUGGGUGGCUGCCAUGACUGGCUUUACAUGGCUUAGGAACAGGCUGACUGGCACCAUCUACCUGGAGCCACUUGAGGCUCUGAUCGCUCAAUGGGCCACUACCGUCAUGACAGACCUUACCUACUACCCAACUUCUGACUCCGAAGACUUUAUGAGAUCAUAUCUCCGCUGGCAACUGGCUCCUAUCAUGUGCCGGAUCAACAUGGAUGGCUGCCGUGCUGCUGCGGUCGCACAAUUCAACGCAUUAAUGUCUGGUGUUGAAGUGUAUCCCGAUAAUCGAGAUUAUGUAUAUUGUAACGCUCUUCGUGAAGGCACCGAGGAACAUUUUAACUUCUUGCGCGAUCGCUUUAUCCAGCACAACGUGUACACUGAGAAAAUCCUCAUUAUACAAACUCUGGGCUGUACUUCUUCCGCUGAUUCUCUUAACCAGUUCCUUACCGACCUAUUCACCGACAAUUAUGUGAUUCGUCGUCAGGACUACACCACCGCUUUGAACUCCGCCGCCUCCGGCAACGAAGCCAACACUCAAAUCUUGUUCACCUUCAUCCAAAACAACUACGAUUUAGUCGCCAAUGCAUUUGCCGAUAUUGCUACUCCUUUGUCUUACGUGUCAAGUAGAUUGAGAUCUGAAGCUGAAAUUGUUGCGUUCCAACAAUGGGCGACCCAAAACCAGGUUCUCCUGGGCACAUCGUAUCAGAGCGUGAUGAACGGAGCCGAGUCCACCAGACAGUCCAUCCAAUGGACCUCCGGCAUUGUCGCUGACGUCAACAGCUUCCUCACCGCUGGCUACCAGCCUGUGAGCACCACCACCCAGCCGCCGCCCACGGAAGCGCCACCACCGGACCUUGAGCCCAUACCAGAACUCACUCAGCCAGAAACUCCUGAGCUCCCUGAUUCUGCUGUCACCGCAUUUUUAUCCAUGUCUAUCAUUUUUAUUACUGCCAUUUUCAAUUACAUUCUAUAA